AUGAACCUGCAGUUGGAGGCGACUCCUGCCUCAACUUCGUCGGCUCUGAAAGGAUCUUCUUGGCUCAGACUGAGUGACCCAAGCUGGGAAUGGAGAGACAGUGGCCUAUUGUUUUUGAUUGAUCCCAAGGUGGCCUUUCCUCGGCGAGCACAGCCCAAGAUGGUGACUCGAACGAAGAAGAUCUUUGUGGGGGGGCUAUCAGUGAACACCACGGUGGAAGACGUGAAGCAAUAUUUUGAGCAGUUCGGGAAGGUGGAUGAUGCCAUGCUGAUGUUUGACAAAACCACCAACCGGCACCGAGGGUUCGGAUUUGUCACGUUUGAGAGCGAAGACAUCGUGGAGAAAGUGUGUGAAAUCCAUUUCCAUGAAAUCAACAACAAAAUGGUGGAAUGUAAGAAAGCUCAGCCAAAAGAAGUGAUGUCGCCAACGGGCUCUGCCCGGGGGAGGUCUCGAGUCAUGCCCUACGGAAUGGAUGCCUUCAUGCUGGGCAUCGGCAUGCUGGGUUACCCCGGUUUCCAAGCCACAACCUACGCCAGCCGGAGUUAUACAGGCCUCGCUCCUGGCUACACCUACCAGUUCCCCGAAUUCCGUGUAGAGCGGACCCCUCUCCCGAGCGCCCCAGUCCUCCCCGAGCUUACAGCCAUUCCUCUCACCGCUUACGGACCAAUGGCGGCGGCGGCGGCGGCGGCAGCUGUGGUUCGAGGGACAGGCUCUCACCCCUGGACGAUGGCUCCCCCUCCAGGUUCGACUCCCAGCCGCACAGGGGGCUUCCUGGGAACCACCAGCCCCGGUCCCAUGGCUGAGCUCUAUGGGGCAGCCAACCAGGACUCGGGGGUCAGCAGUUACAUCAGUGCUGCCAGCCCCGCCCCCAGCACUGGCUUUGGCCACAGCCUUGGGGGCCCCUUGAUUGCCACAGCUUUCACCAAUGGGUACCACUGAAGCAGGAGACAGGUGGCAGGAGCGCCCCAGCCUGCAGCUGACUGAGGACCACGAGUGAGCCAGCGAGGGGACAGGGCCACCUCAGCCGCAGCCGCCGCCCCCUCCCCUGCAGGGACUCGGACCGCUACUGCCUGCCCCCCACUCCCGGGCCCGGCC